AUGAGUGUGGAGUGGAACGCCGAUGAUGGAGCUUCACUCAAUAGUGUGGCCAAUGAUCUCCUUGAGGACUUGACCACUUUCAUCUCGGUCGCGAAGGACAUCAAUAAAUCGGAGCUGGGAGAGCUGGCCGCCCCCCCGUCCACUCUACGCGCUAGACUGCUAGAAGAACUCUGCCUCAGUACGGCCCCUGGUAAAGGAGCAACGACGGAGUCGCCCGGUGAAGACGCGGAUAUCUGCCGGAUGGUAGCUGAGGGAGCACCAAUUGGCCUCUUGAUCCCGGUUCGAGUAAAUGCGGAAUGGCCAGCAGUCGAUACUGACAAGUUUGGCAAACCAAAGAAGGAUGAGCCGUCCUUCGUGCGGUGGCCUGGCGAAAAACUCGAGGAGCUGAGGCUACACGACUGGCCGCAGGGCAGCAUUCCUCCAGAUAUGUAUAGGCUGUUCGAAGAGCUCAUAGCGAAGGAGCUUCGGCUAGGCCGGUUAUCAGAGAUUAAUCCGACGAGUCCAGACUGCAAGGCGUUGUCGAAAGUUCAUGUGAUGUGGAAAAACGGGAAGGAAUUUAAAGCCAUCCGACAAUUGGACGACUUCAGGAGGAGUGGUAUCAAUAUUACCGUACGUACUGGAGCUCUACUCGAAAGCAAAGGCGAAGACGGUACUGUCCGUGGCCUGAAAACAACCCGCUGUCUCCCUAGGUUCCGGGAUGUUUACGAUCUAUUGGCUAAUGUCCCGCGACCAACCCCUAGUAUUGGAGAUGAGGAUAGCCAAGUUUGGUUGUUAGAAUGGGACAUAGUAUCAGCGUUCAAAUUGAUUAGUGCGGAAUCGAGCGAACGCGGAUUCCUAUGCUCUCUGGACCCUCGGGAUCCCAGCAAAGCCUUCAAGCACAAUUGCCUGCCUUUCGGCCUCGUAACAUCCCCGAGCGUUUCCGGGAGGCGAGCCUACGCUGUGUAA